UCCGCGUGCGGACCUGGCCCCUGCCUGUGAUCUCACUGUUCAGACUCCUGGACCAAAGCCGCGGGUGCCUCUGCGGGGCUCCUUGUCCACGCGUCGCCGCAGCCCGCCCCUUCGCCUCUGCUGGGCCCUGCCCACCGCAGCAGUUUCCCAGUGGCUCCGCCUGCGGCCCAAUUUCCAGGCGACUGUUUCCCGGCGACGGCGGGCGGGGCGUCUCUGCUACCCCCGGCAUUGAGCUCCCCCGAAGCCCCGCCUCUGGUUCGGGUGCGGGAGCCAGGCCUGCCGAGGCUGCGACGCCGCCACAACUCAGGGCAGGCCCGCAGAGGCAGGGGGAUGGCUCGCAAGGCCUUUGGGGUCAGCGGCCCCCAAAGUUGGCGAUAUCCCCUCUCUGGGCCUCAGUUCCCGUGUCUGCAAAACGGGAGCGAGAACAAGAUUUAAGGGCGGUAACACGCGUAAGUCCCUGGCGAAAGCCCUGCUCGGGUUGGCCCGGUCUGGUCUGGGGUCUGAACGUGGCCGACAGGGUCUGGAGGGUUGCCACGAUGGACUCGCUGGCAGCACCCCAGGACCGCCUGGUGGAGCAGCUGCUGUCACCACGGACCCAGGCCCAGAGGCGUCUCAAGGAUAUCGACAAGCAGUACGUGGGUUUCGCCACACUGCCCAACCAGGUGCACCGCAAGUCAGUAAAGAAGGGUUUCGACUUCACGCUUAUGGUGGCUGGUGAGUCAGGCCUUGGGAAGUCCACACUGGUCCAUAGCCUCUUCCUGACUGACCUGUACAAGGACAGGAAACUGCUCAGUGCUGAGGAACGCAUCAGUCAGACAGUAGAGAUCCUGAAGCACACAGUGGACAUUGAGGAGAAGGGGGUCAAGUUGAAACUAACCAUUGUGGACACACCUGGUUUCGGGGAUGCUGUCAACAACUCGGAGUGCUGGAAGCCCAUCACUGAUUAUGUGGACCAGCAGUUUGAGCAGUAUUUCCGUGAUGAGAGUGGCCUCAACCGCAAGAACAUCCAAGACAACAGGGUGCACUGCUGCCUGUACUUCAUCUCCCCCUUUGGGCAUGGGCUGCGGCCAGUGGACGUGGGUUUCAUGAAGGCUUUGCAUGAGAAGGUGAACAUCGUGCCCCUCAUUGCCAAAGCAGACUGCCUGGUCCCCAGUGAAAUCCGGAAGCUGAAGGAGCGGAUCCGGGAAGAGAUAGACAAGUUUGGGAUUCACGUAUACCAGUUUCCGGAAUGUGAUUCAGAUGAGGAUGAAGACUUCAAGCAACAGGACCGGGAACUGAAGGAGAGUGCUCCCUUCGCUGUUAUUGGCAGCAACACAGUGGUGGAAGCCAAGGGGCAGCGGGUCCGGGGGCGACUGUACCCCUGGGGAAUCGUGGAGGUGGAGAAUCAGGCACACUGCGACUUCGUAAAGCUACGCAACAUGCUUAUCCGCACUCACAUGCACGACCUCAAGGAUGUGACAUGUGAUGUUCACUACGAGAACUAUCGCGCACACUGCAUCCAGCAGAUGACCAGCAAAUUGACCCAAGACAGUCGCAUGGAGAGUCCCAUCCCCAUCCUACCACUGCCCACCCCGGAUGCUGAGACUGAGAAACUCAUCAGGAUGAAGGAUGAGGAGUUAAGGCGCAUGCAGGAGAUGCUGCAGAAGAUGAAGCAGCAAAUGCAGGACCAGUGACCCCUGUCCCAGCUCCACGUCGCCAGUCGCCACGGAUAGACCACCUGCACCGGCUGGCCCCUCCCAUCCCUGGACCCCAGAUUGGCCUGGAUUCCAUCCUGGAUUCACCUGGAUCUCAGUCGGGCCUGGACCCAACCCUAAACCCAGAGGGGCCCUGACCGGACUUUUCCCGACCCAGAGACAAGGAGCCACAACCCCAUAUGACCCUAAUUUAUUCUCAGUAUCAACCCCUCCCAGGUCAUUUGUAUCUGUUUUUGAGGGGCCUGGACAAUAGCCCCGUCCCAACUGGUCUUGGGGGAGCAGGCACUAAGUUGAGCACAACUUCUGAGAUCACCCCCAUCCCCAAGAAAGUCACAGCAACCAGAUUCCAGGCCUUGUUCAGGCAUGCACCUUAACCAAGGCAGAGGAAAGAAAUGGAUCUCCAAGGUUCUUGGCCUGUUCCCCUAAUCCAGUGCUGCAGAGCACACUUUGGAGUCCUCUGUGCUGUUCCCAUGGGCCAUGCAGCCUAUGCUGAUUCCCUACUUUGUGUAGAAAGGGGCUUCCCUUACCACCUCACACAAGGUGGGGACCAAAGUAGGCAGGGUUGGGCACCUGAAGCAAUUCGGAAACAUCUAGACCAGAAGGCUGCUGGUAGGGAGAGCAGGCAGAGGGUGGGCAGGGGACCUAUGGCAGCCCAUGCUCCUUCCCCACAUCCUGGGCCGAUCUAGAGGGCUCCAGGAACAGUGGACAGUGGCUCAUUCCCUGACAAACCCCAAUACCUAAACAUCUCCCUUAGCACUGUGGUGCCAGGAUCCCUAGCCCUUGGCCUCCUUCAUCUCUCCACCCGCAUGAUUCUUCCCCCAACAUCUCAUGAUCCGUUUUGUUCAGUUGUGAAUGCUGUGCCCUGUCCUGGUGACAGGAGAACAAUGUUGGUGAACGUC